AUGGGGUUGGCCAUCCUGUCCACCGUGUUGACCAUCAUCUUAUUUUGUAGAGCUCAUAUUGUCGAAGCUACUCUUCAAGAAGUCAUUCACAAUAAUGCACUCAUUAACAACGGCUCCAUAGCGUUCUUAGACAAAUGGAGCAUCCUGGGUCCUUUCAGGAUCGGGACUCGAGAAGCAGUAUGGGGCGCUGAUCCAAUAGAACGGUACGGUGGUAUAUUUCAGCUCGAUGAUAACGACACUGCUGCCUAUCAUUCCCCUCUUGCUCGAAAUGCAACUGUCAGGUGGAACUCGCGCACGUUCCGCCCUAUUGUGUCGGAGGCAUCAACAACUGUUGACCUGGUAGUCGACUUCUCCGAAAUCGAUUGGGAUAUCGCACAAAAAAUCUACGGAUGGUCCGCACUUCAAUAUCAAGCCUGGCUCAAGGGCGGCGUCUGGAAUGAUGGCGGUACUAGCCGUAGAGUGAGCAUAUAUCCUGAAGGGAUCCUCGAGCUCUGGUUGAACAAUAAACACAUAUUUGGAGGCGACUUUUAUUCCUUUGGACGUGCACCUAUUGUGUUCGAACUGGCGCCAGGCUUCAAUGUUGUGAAUGUGCGCCUCAUCCGCGAUGUACGGUCGAUGGGCGGUUCUUCCUCGCCAACGGCGCAUGUCUUGCUUCGGGCCGAGGUGGUGGCCGCGGAUCUCGACGUAGAUCAUGACAGUAUACUGCUGCCAGACGUGAUAGCAGGCCGGUUCGUGGGUCGUUACGGGAGUGUGAUCGUCAGAAACCAAGCAACCGUCUGGAUCAACAUCAACCGUGUCCGUGUCAUCACUGACGAGCAAUCUGCCGUUGUCCUUGAACAAAAUUUGACGAUUUCUCCAGGACAAUCACGUCCAGUAAGGAUGCGAAUUGACAACUUGAGAAACCUGACGAAGUCGAUAAAACUUGUGUUUGACUAUGAACUUCCAGACGCCAGCUCGCACAGGAUUGUGUGUGAGGCUCAAUUAAGGCCUGCGAAUCACUCAUCUUUGCAAAGAAUGACCUUUCUUCAUCCGAGUGGUGCAGUCUCUUAUGCAACGCUAAGGCCUCCACCAGAAAAGGUUGACCGGGAAGUUGCCAUACUCCUGAAUCUCCAUGGCGCAGGAGUCGAUGCGGACGGAGAUCUAGCACGCCAUAUGUUUGAUGAUGCGCCUGAUCUCCCGGCAUGGAUUGUAACUCCAACUGGAAUGACAUCCUGGAGCGGCGAUGACUGGCACACAUGGGGGUUUGCAGAUGCUCUAGCCGCGGUUGAAGCCAUCCUAGACUGGAUCGAUCUUGUCGAGUGGCAGGGUCCAGAUCCAUAUACUUCGAAAAUUCUGGUUGCGGGUCAUUCGAACGGCGGCCAAGGAACAUGGUACUUUGCUUCGCAUCAACCCGAUCGUGUUCUUGGUGCGGCCGCAGCUUCGGGGUACUUGUCCAUUGAGAACUACGUCCCAUAUGUCCAUUGGACCGAAGCAGAUCCCCUCCAGAAUGCUAUCCUUCAUGUUGCAAGAAGUAAUUUUCGUCACGAAUUGCUGGCUGAGAACUUUGCAGGGAUCCCAAUCCUCCAACAGCAUGGCUCUUCCGAUGAUAAUGUUCCUGUCUAUCACUCCCGAUUGAUGAAUACCUUGCUUUAUCAGUCGGGGAUCGCGGCCAAAUACUCCGAGAUGCCUGGAACCGGUCACUGGAUUGAUGGAACCAUGACCACACCUUCUAUGAUGGAAUUCUAUCUAGCCCAUUUGAAUGAUGCCGAUGCUGUGUCGACGGCGCCUGUUGACUUUGCUUUUGUAGUUCCGAAUUCUCAUGAUAUGGGCCCCAAAUAUGGUAUUGUUGUCGACCAAUUGUCCUCACCGGACAGAGCGGGUCAUAUCGAAGUCUCCGUUGCCCAAAAGGGGUCGGUCACUCGUUGGCAUUUAAGCACGCAGAACAUACAUCGCCUGCACUUUGAUCCUGGUGUCCAGAUCUCCAAUUCCCCGGUUGAAGUGAUGCUUGAUGACAUGGCUCAUGUAUUUCAUCUCACAAACAAAACGAGAUCGAGGUCCCUUGUCCAAACCGAAGCCAACAUCUGGGCUUGGGAAGUCGCCCUUGACUGGAGGCAGUUGGACAAGCGAUACGGCCGUCAAAGAGGUGCAUUAGACGCAAUACUUCGUAGCGAAGGCGUCUUCGAGGUCGUCUUGUGCUCGAAUACAAGCUUUCACCUCGCAGUUCAGGCAAGUAGGAAUUUUCUCCAGUACUUUGGGGCCGACUCAAAUAUAAUCUACCGGGAAGAGUAUGCCGAGGCACUGACUAGAAGGGGCAACAUUGUCACCAUUGGGCUUGGGAGAACUAUUCCUCGAUGUGCCAUGCCCCGGUUCCCUAUUUCAGUGGAGCACGAUAGGCUGUUACUGACAACAGGGUCCUCGAAAACCGCAUCUAUUCCCCUGAGACCAGGUAUGGGCGGUGUAUGGUUACGUCCUCUUCCUCAAGAGCGACUGGAGCUGGUGGUCUGGGGUCAUGACGAGGCUGGUCUGCAACAAGCAAUAAGGCUGAUUCCAACACUGACCGGGGCUGGACAACCUGACUUUGUGAUCUUGGGCAAUGAGGCCAGAUGGAAAGGCGUUGGCGGUGCUGUUGCGAUGGGUUUCCUCGAUCGUGAUUGGAGAAUAUCAUCUGCUUCAUAUAUACCCUGA